UUGUAAUAAUCGUGAUAAAUGUAACGGAUUUCCCGAUGUUAUAUUCAAGAGGACAAAGCGUCCUUCUUGCAGUGCAAAACAAAGUAUAAUAUAUCUACGUUGUUAUCGUAAAUUGGACUAAAAACAGUUUUCCCACCGCUGUGACCCGCGAACUCUAACAUGCCUCUACUGAAAAGGAAAGCCUUUGAGAAAUCGACGGCGUCGGAGUACCUUCGGGACGAUGACGAAGUUUUCCACUGUGAGAUCACCGACGAGAUAUUCAAAGACUAUGAGGAAUACUGUGAGAGGAUUAUAUUGGUCAAUUCUAUGGUGUGGACAUGUGAGAUGACAGGGAAGAACAACUUGACAUAUGCAGAGGCUUUGGAGAGUGAGAAAGCAGCCCGCAGGUCGCUCAAAGACUUUCCAAUGGAGCUGCGUAUACCAAUAUUGUUCCUUGCAGCGAAGACAAAGAGGAGUUCAUUUGCAGAGAUGUCUGAGGAUGUGUUCAAUUUUGUGAGGGAGAGGUACUUUGUGGGGGAGACAGUGGAGGCCUGCUUUGAGGGUGAUAUCUGGAGGGAAGCCCAUGUGUUGUCUGUGACGGCACAGAAGCAGCACCCUGACAGCAAAGUAAUGAUCCCAGCCACAUCCUACUGCUACGAAGUGGAACAGUUUGAUGAGAGUGACCCGUCAGCGGUCGGCCAGAUUGGCACCGCUCCAUACGACAGAGUCCGCAGGCGGAAGGGUAUCUUCUCACGAGAUAAGAACAGGCUGUUCCUGAAACAGUUUGUACAGCAGACACCAAUUGGCGUCAUUGCCAUAAAGAAACCAACACUUGAAAAGUACAACAUAAAUAAAGUGAGUUUCGAUCAAAUCUUCACUGGUGAACCGCCAGAGUUUCCUUCAUCCAAAAAGCUGAUAAAGAACAGCUUAUCACCACCAGCAUCCAGGAACCAAGUGAAACCAAAUUCAGCCAACAAACUGAACAAAUCUGGAAAGAAAGUCAGUCCAGACAAGAAGGGUCGGCAGGAAUCAAUGGAUAAGUUUGUUAAGAAGACAGACAAAAAUGAAGUAAAACCUAAACCACCAAUUGAUCCGGCGGCCAAGAAGAGUGCACAAGAGUUAGCAGAGAAGAUGCGUCGCGCGGAAGAUCAGAUGCGACAGCGCAAGGAAGAAGAGAAGGCAAAGAAGAAGGAGAAAACGGCUCGCCUGCAGGCCUACCUGAAGGAAUGGCAGAAGGUGAAGGAUGAUUUGGAGUUAGAAGAUCAUAAGAUAAUACCAAAAGGCACCCCGGUAGACAUAGAAGGUAUACCACAGAAGCACUUUGGCGAUUUCCUCUCAGUCCUCGAAUUCGUCUUCGUGUACGGCGAUAUACUGAAAGUGAAAGACGUCUUUCACAACGACCUAGACCUAGAGACAUUCCGGAAGGCUCUGACGAUUGAAGAGCAAGCCGGAACAUUCAGUGACCUGGUGCAGAUGUUCCUCACAACAAUAUUUUCAUUGCAAGAAGACGAAGCUGAGGAAUACAAUGAGAAUAAAGGAAUUCUGGAGUCAACAGAAGUGAAAGAGGAGGAUGCAGAAAUGGGAAUGAACAAAGCUGUAGAGCUCGCCACGAAAGCUAGCAAGUGGUCGCAGACAUAUCUGGGUACACCACUUAGCAAACUGCCCCUGGAUGCUACAACUGUCAGUGAAGUUUUAAGGUUGCACUUGCUGUCGUCGGGUGCUGCCCCGGGCGGGCGGUGCGCCACGUGGCGCUACCACCAGCGCGGCGGGUACAGCAGCAGCGACGACGCCGGCCUCAACCUGCGCCGCCGCCGCCCCGCGCUCCUCCGCCGCCUGGCCGCCGCGCACGUCGCCGGCCUGCGCCUCGAUGAUAAAUUACAAAUUCUACAGUGCCUCAUGAAUCAGAUCCUAAGUUAUGCAACUGUUCGUGACAUCAUUGAGGAGAAACUGGAGGAACUCAGAAAUACCAAGCAAGCACUCAGAAUGUUAACAGCAAACGAGCGUAAACGGGAAGCACAACUUAUAGCCACCCGACAAGAGCUCAAAAAAGAAGCAGCUGCCAAGAAAGAAGAACAGAAGUUAACAGGAGAGAAAGCUAAAGCUGUUGACGAAGAACUGCGACUGGCGAUAGAGAAAUUGAACAAGGAGAGUGAAGUCAAAAAGCAGGAGUAUGAAAAAAGGUCUAAAGAGUUACAAGUGGCGUUGUUCGAUUAUACAUCUUAUAUUGGGUCUGACCGCGGGUUCCGGCGGUACUGGGUGAACCAGCGCGUGGCGGGGCUGUUCGUGGAGGCGGGCGACGAGCCCCGCGGGGGCUGCGGACGCAAGCCGGCGCCGCCCGCGCCCCCCCGCACCUCCGGGGACCCCCUCGCGUACGUCGCGCAGCUGCUGCGCACCGAGCGCGAGAGAGCUGGCAGUGACAAGGAGAACGACUCCGGUCCAAACUCGCGCGGCGCAUCUCCCAAGAAGCCGCUGGCCAACGUGAACGGCCUGAACAAAACCAACGGGCUGGAGACCAACACGCAGCAGCUGCGAGAACUCCUCGUCUGCACUGGAGACAUCACCACCUGCCUUGUGCACGGGACGGGCGAGCACCGUCCCCAAUGGUGGGUGUACCAUACGGCUGAGCAGAUAGAGGCGCUCAUCGAGUCGCUGAACAAACGGGGUUACCGUGAGAGCGAACUGCGGCAGACCCUCGAGCUGGACAAGAACAACAUCCUCCACAACAUUGUCAAGUGUCCACUGCAUCUGCUAAAUCCUGCUGCUGCCCCGGUGGCGGCGGGCGGGGGCGCGGGCGCGGGCGCGGUGCGGCGCGGGGCGCGGGGCGCGCGGGGCGCGGCGCCGCUGGUGGCCGACGGCUGCUCGCUGGAGGAGUCGCUCGAGCUCUCGCUCAGGGACCACAUCCUGGAGCUCGAGGAGAAGAUCUUCCACGGCUGCCUCGGCGUACUCAAAGUCAAGGACCGCGAGGCGUGGCGCGGCACGAUCAUGGUGCGCGGGUACGACAAACAAGCCGAGUACCUGCGGUGGGGGCCGCGCGCCCAGUACCGCGACGACUACCACCUGCCCAACGGAGUCCUGCGACUGCCGCAAGACGUGGAUCAGAGCGACGUGGACAUCCCCGUGAACAAGUACCGCGACCCGGGACAUUACCUGGAGGCGCCCCGGACCAACGGAGUGAAGGGCGACCGCGGACCUACAAGUGUGGUGCGGUCACUCGCAUCCGCGCUACUGCAGGUCGAGCAGGCUCUACACCAUAAGUACAUCAAGCGCCCGCUCGGUCUCGACGACAAGGAAAGAAAAGAGCGUGAAGCCAAAAACAAACCACUUGAUCUGGAAGCGCUGGAGCGGUGGGAGGUGUCCCUGAUGGAGUGUCAGAGCUUCGCCCAAAUCGUGCUGCAUCUCUUCACCCUGGACUCCAGCAUUACCUGGUCUGCUAGCAUACUGAACGCCAGCUGCAGGCUCUGCAGACGGAAGGCGGACCCUGAUAAUAUGCUGCUGUGCGAUGGAUGCAACAAAGGACACCAUUUGUACUGUCUCAAGCCAAAACUUGUGUCUGGUCCAACGAGAAAGAAAGUACCUGAGGGCGAUUGGUUCUGUGAACAGUGUAAGCCGAAGGAGCGAACUCCACGCAAGAGGAGGAAACUAUUCUCUGAAGAGGAACUGGAGGAGGCCCUGGAUGAUAGGUAUGAUGCGUCGUCCUCGUCGUCGACGUCGUCGCUGUCUGCGGUGUGCGGCACGUGCGGCAGCGGAGGACGACUGGCGGCCGCCUGCGGGGACUGCGGCGCGCGCUACCACCGCGAGUGUGCGCGCCCCGCGCCCCCCGCGCGCGCCGCCCGCCGCUGGCGCUGCGCCGCCUGCCUGGCGCCGGCCCGAGAGCACAGCGUGCGUCGGUGCGCGGCGGCGGCCAUCACCAACAUCCACCAGUACACGCGCGCCCUCGACAGCCGCCGCAACAGCUCCGCAGAUUCCGAGGACAGCGAGUAUAACACGGCGCUGGUGAAGCUGAAGGGUCGACGAUCACGCGGUAGCAAGGAACACUCGCCGCUGCAAAACGGCAGCGCCAAGAGGGGACGCAGACCAAAAAGUGAUGGAAAUACAAGCACCGGCAGAAAGUCAAAGGCAUCUCUAACGAAUGGCGUAGACGAGGAACGUACAAGCGGCCGGAAGCGCAGCACUCGCCACGAGGAGCCGGAGGACGAGCAGCCGCACACGGAACGACUCCAGCAGCUGCUGCGUGACGUCAUGAAGCACCGCGACUGCUGGCCAUUCUACGAGCCUGUAUCCACGGAGGACGUGCCUGACUACUUGGAUGUAAUCGAGCAACCAAUGGACUUCACCACGAUCAAGUCGAAACUAGAUGGAGGUGAAUAUAGCACGGACGAGGAACUUCUCUCCGAUGCUGCGCUGGUGCUAGCCAAUUGUUAUACGUAUAAUAAGGACACCCAUCCUGUCGCCAAAGCUGGGUGCCGCUUGGAGAAGUACAUCAACAAGCGAUGUGCGGAGCUGCAGCUGCCGCCGCUGGCCGACAUGGACGGGGAGCGUGACGGGGCCCGUGACACGGAGCCGCAGCCGCACAAGCGAGCCGCGUCCUCGGAGGCCGAGGCGCCGCGCCCCAAGCGACCCAAGCACAAGUGAUGGGCGGCCGCGCCCCCGCGCCUCAGGGACUACGUCACCUACUAGAACCAGUUCGUGCACGUUUUCAUAUCUGACUCCCGAAUACCACCAAGUGAUGAUUUUUUGUGAUCGUUUUAUAAAACUGAAUUUUAUGUAAAUUCUGCAAUAUCGUAUUGUAACAGUGUAAAUAGUGCUUCGUUGUAGGAAUUGCAUUAAGAGCCUGGGUUUGGUGCUCUGGUCAUAUAUGCACAUGUAAACAUUGGGUAUUGAGUCAAUUUUCCAAUUGUAACUCUGGAUUCUACACUCAAGUGUACCACAAGAUACGAGCGAAAGUAUGGUUCAAUCUGAGCUAACGGAUGAAGAACAAGACUUUACUUACGGGUAAGAUGACUGUA